AUGUUGACUUAUCGCAGUUUUCUUCAGGUUGUGGGUGACGUGCUCAAACAACUCACCGAGGAUCAUUUCAUUGUAAAGGCAAGCAACGGUCCUAGGUAUGUGGUUGGGUGCCGUCGUAGCCUUCAAACCAGCAAACUGAAGGCAGGAACACGUGUCGCUCUCGAUGUGACCACACUCACCAUAAUGCGUCAGUUGCCCCGUGAGGUUGACCCUUUGGUUCACAACAUGUCCGCCGAAGAUCCUGGUGAUGUCUCCUAUCAUUCCGUUGGCGGCCUGUCAGAACAAAUCAGGGAGUUGCGAGAGGUGAUCGAGCUCCCUCUAAUGAAUCCGGAGUUAUUUAUACGCGUUGGAAUAACGCCUCCCAAAGGAUGUUUGCUUUACGGUCCUCCCGGUACUGGAAAAACUCUCCUUGCUCGCGCAGUUGCGUCACAACUAGAUGCAAAUUUCCUCAAGGUUGGUAGAGUGUUGCAUUCGUCUAAUCCAUGUGUUUACUCAUAA